CUCUGCGUUUGUUGAUCUGAGCGGUGUCGCGCGUGCUGCUGAGCCUCGUGCGUCUCCGAAGGUUAGCAGGAAAGUUCAGCUGCGUGUUGCCGAUGGAAACCAGACAACAACAAGAGUUGUACUCUAGUGUUCUGAGUGAAGCAGUGGUGGACUGGGGCAGCAUGGGCCCUGGAGAGGAAUGGGUUAACUCAGCUGCACAUGAGGAGGAGCUGGGUUUGAAAAGGUUUUACUCCUCUGGUGAGGAAUCAAUUGGACGGAUCUCACAUGAGGAGGACUUGGCUCCGUUGGUCCAAAAUGGGGAAACUCGAACAGGUGGGGGUAAAACCUCGUCGCGAGGCGAGGAUCAAUGGGUCCAGUCUGACAACUGGGUCAUGUCCACCACUUGGGACAUGCAGCUGGACAGCUCAGAAAGAGGACACUUUACUGCAGGCUUUUUGGACUCAGAGCCGCUGAAAGAGGCGGAUGAAGACUUGGUGUCAGAAGUCAACCUGAACCACUCCGUCAUGACGGAGGAGGAGAAGGAAGAGAUCCAACAAGAGCUAGCCAAACUGGAAGAGGAGAUCAGCACGUUGAAGCAGGUGUUGUCGUCCAAAGAGAGGCAGCACGCAGAGCUCAAACAGAAGCUGGGCCUCAAUCCGUUCAGCGAGCUCAAAACCAACUUCAGCAGAGGCUGGCAGGACAUGCAGAGCUCCACAGCGUACAAAAAGACGUCGGAGACAUUGUCCACAGCUGGACAGAAAACCACAGCUGCCUUCAGUAACCUCGGCAGCGCCAUCACCAGGAAGCUAGGAGACAUGAGGUCCAACUCCAUAGGUUACUCUGUCAGACACUCGAUGAGCAUGCCCACAAUGAGAAACUCUCCCGGCUUCAAGUCUUUUGAGGAAAAAGUUGAAACUACAGUUUCCACAAUCAAGACUAAAGUCGGUGGUCCGGGGACUGGAGGCAGCUUCGAGGACGUCCUCUCAUCCGCAGCCAACGCCAGCUCUCAGGACACCCCCACCAUAAACCUGACGGACAGCCGCGAGGGGACGUGUUGAGCUGCACCGUGAGGCGGGACUUUAAAGCAGGAACUCGCAGCGGUUUCUUGUUUUUACUGAAUUUUCUGACCGAAGUUGCACAUUAUUUUUAUUCAAUAAGACAAUCUUGUUAAAGUUUCUUAGCUCCUUUCAUGACUGUUCCUGUGAUCUGAUGUUUAUUGAAAAUAACGUGUUUUUCCUCUGUUUUGAAAGCUCGAGAGGUCGUGGAGCUUAAAUGAAUCUCACAAGACAACCAAUGAAUGAAAUGAGCUGUUGUCGAAUUUGAAAGCAAAGACAAAAACUUUCUGUGCUCCAGAGGUUUAUCUGUUACACUCCAGAUGUGUGGGUUCAGUUAGUCUACAUAGAUAAUUUACAGUAAACACAGGUUUUAUGGUCUGUAAUUUAACAUCAGUUUAUUGCUACAUGUUUAGAUUGUUUUCUCAAAUUGUGAAAAAAAAAACAUUCCAGCUGACAUCCUUUAAACUAAGCAGUUAAUUAUUCCUCCUCCUGUAUGUUAUAAAUAUAGAGCUGUGUUCAAGGGCUUGCUACUUAAAUAAAAAAAGUUUAAAACACACCAAUAUUUAACUACAGAUGACUUGCACAACACAGAAACCAAUGUUACAUUUCUUGGCUAAAUGUCAGGCAUGUUUCUAUUCAUCAUGACGGUCAUUUUAACAGAUUUCCUGGUUUGCGUUUGUUUAUCGAUGUGGGAGUCGAGAGUUCAGCUUCACGUUUGAAUGAGCUGCUCUCCAGAAAGUAUGACAUUUGAAUUCUAAAUGUUUUGUGUAAAAUAUUAACUUUCCUUUUGCACUUCCUGAUUUUUUGCUGCAAGAGGCUAGAACCACCUUCCUUAAACAAUAAAUGAUCUGUUUGCUAAUUUAUAACAUCUGCAGAGACUCCUUGUAACGUUCCUAUCACAGUAACAUCUGUUAAAUGUAACGAGUGGUUUAUGUGCUCAAGAUUUUCUCCACUACAGGUUUAAAGGAUGCCAGGAUUCAAAAUGUAUUUAUUCAUCAACAUUCAAGCACUAAAAUGGGGUAACAUGUUUUGAUU